UAUAAAAAAGCAAUGUGAUCUAUCUAAAAUACAAACACUUUCGAAUUUGAUACGAGUGUUUUCUACCUUGCGACAUUUUAAUGACGAAGUUUCUGUUGACAAUGAAUUCAUUCUGCGUUGGUCUUUUUGCGAUGUUGGCCGUCUUCACUGGCCCUGUAUUCUCAGGUGUCAGCCAAGACAAAUUCUACCAAAUGUUUAAAGCUCACGCACCUAUUCCAAAUAUCCUCCUAAAGGUCUUCGACAAUUCCCCAGCUACACAAUUUGAACAUCUUCAAGCUAUCCAAGAACAUAUCAACAAAGGGGACGAAUACGCUGACGAUGCCACCGAAUUGAAAAAAGCUGCUCAGAAAGUACUCAACAAAAGUCUCGAAGUGAUUGGCCACAAACCUAUUGACAUCGGCGAGUACAUGAAGGCUGCCAGUGAUAUGGAAUCUGGUGUACCUUUAGAGAAUCCAGAAUUGCGAGGUGUAAUUGAAAAGUUGUUGGAAGGCAAUCGAAAAUUAAUGGAGGCUCCGCAAGGAGAAAAGAAUUACGGUUUAACAAAAAUGUUGCAGGUUGCUGUCGCUGACAGCGAUGAAGAUGAAGAUGAUGAACAUUUCAGACACCAAUCUAUUCAAUUCAGAAAAUCACAUUCAGACAGAAUUGAUGAACGCCAACCCACCGAUGAAUAUUUCCCGGAAGAAGAUGAGUCUGAAGAGAAUUGAGAAUCCACACGUUACAAAAAAAAAAAUAUUCACUUGUAUGUACAUUGAAUGUAAAUAAAUUUUCUCCAUCGACAAAA